UGAUAAAUAUCAAAUAUACUUUAAUUAAUAGUUCAAUGUAUAUAAAUAAAUUUUAUUGCUUGCAAUCAUUAAAAGGUACAUGCUUGCAAGGGACUAGUAGGUUGGCAAAAGUGAAAUAUUGUGCAUGGUUUCUUAUCAUUUUCUGAAAUUUCUUUCAUUCCGGACUCCGUUAUUGUUUUGUAGGCACUUAUUUUAAUUGAUUUUUGAAUAUUGUUUUUGUUUUUAUUGUGGACGAGAUACGAUAUAAUUCUUUAUAAGUUUUAAAUAAUUCCCUUGAGAUUUAAAAUUGUAUACAUAAUAUCUAAAUUUAAAUGUAUAGGAAUAUUAAAUCAUAAUCAUUAAUAGUUAUGAAUUGUAAUAUUUGUUUUAUGAUUAACUUGAAAUACUUAUUUGAUGCUAAAGUAUAUACCUAAAUAUAAUAUUUAUUUUUAAAUUUAAAUUGUAUUAUUUUAAACAGUGGUCUUUAUCAUGGCUGUUGGUGUAUAUCGUGAAGAAUUGAAGGUAUCUAAUGCAUUUUUUAUUAAAAUACUUCAAUUUUGUAUAUAUAACUACAUUAUUUGUUUAGAAAAUUAUCAAGGAACCAAAUAUUUCAACAAUCACUGCUAUUAAGAAAAUUGUUCAUGACAACAAUUCUUUUAAUCUUAGGUAAGUUAACAAAAUAUGUUUGGUAUUAUUGAUGUAGACACCUAAUAUUUGUAUAAUUAAUUGUUAUGUGUUUUUUUAAAAAAAAUGUUCUGUUUGAAAAAAUUUUACAGGAAUUAUUGUUCCAUUCAUCUACUUAAGUCUGGUUUAAAGUAGUAAAUUUUAUUUAAUUGAUGAGUUGGAUAAAUUAUUUUUUGAUAUUUUAUGUACUUUUGUUAAUGUUGUAUGGUUUAGAAUAUUGGGUUGUGUACUGAAAAAUAUAACAGAGAAUGAGUGUAGAUAGGAUAAGGAAUGAGUACAUAAAGGUAGUAAAAUGAUAGUAGAUAAAAUUAAAUGGUGUAGACCUGUCAUGAGGAGAAAAUAAUUUGUUACAGUAAAAAUUGUAUUAAAAUAAAUUUAGGAGGAAAGGGGCAGAAGAAGUCCAAAAAAGAGGUGAUUGGGUGCAAUUGAAAACGGCAUACUGCCAGUAUCUGCGAGAUGGGAAGUCAUGAGUGUUCAAGUGAAAAUUUAGGAUGAAGGUUGCCGACCCCCAAAAUAUUCAGGACGAAAUAGAAGAAGACAUGUUCUUUUAUUAAUAAUGGGGAGAACAAGAAAAUAUCACUAUCAAAAAACUAGGAUUAUAUUAUUUUAAAAAGAUUUAUUUACACUCGGUGUUAGAUGUCUUGUUUGAUGCAUCAUUGCAUCAGAGUUGAAAAAGUUCAUUAAAUUUAAGUUUUUAUUAUUUUUGAGUAUAGUUAAAAAAUAAAGUAAUUAACAUGAAUAUGUAUUAGCAUUUAUUAUAGAAUGUAAAAUUUAAUUUUCUACAAAAUGUUAAUUGUGUUGAAUCAACUGUUUAUCAUUGAAAUAACAAUUUCAGUAUUUGUAAAAUUAAUAUUCAAUAAAUCUUGUCUAUUGAAAGUUUAUGAAUAUUUAUUUUUUAUGAAUUAUGUGAUUUUUUUGAUAGUUUAUAAUUGGGGUACAUUGGGUGAUAACCAUGAUCUCCCAGAAAAAAUAUAAAUUAAUAUCAAACUUAAUAUUGAUAAUUAAUGUAGAAAUAUUUUAAAAUUAUUUUUGCUCUUCAGUUUUUGGUGACUUUACUAUUAAAUUCUUCCAUUUGCUUAAUAUGGCAUGCAACAGUAUCAUUCACAACUUUUAUUGAGCCAAUUUUUUCUUUUCCUCUGUACAUUUUCUUUCCGUAAUACUUUAUCCACUGAUAAAAAAUUAAUUAUUAUACCAAAUUGAUUAAAUUAUUAUUUUUUGAUUAUGAAGUAAUUAGUUCAACAGACAAAUCUCGAUUUAUGAAAUUAGGUAUUUCUUGUAUUGUCAAAAAAAGUUAUUUUUUAACUUCUGCUUAUUCUUUGUCAUUUUUAUUUUUACCUAUUAACAUGUUCAUGCCAUUUUUCUUUUUUUUCUUAUGUAAUACGGUCAUCAAAAAUUAAAAAAGUAGAAUAUUGGUCACUAAGGUACCAUAAAUGAUUAAUGAUCUUUUAAAUGUUACUCCAGCUAUUUGUUUAUUCUAAGUUGUGUAAUUAUUUACUUGUUUUUUAAAAAAAAGUAUGUCAUUUUAAGUAGUUUAGGCAGACUUGAGUAUAAUAUUUAAUUAUAAAACAAGUCUUUUUUUAGUGCUAAUUCUUCUAAAGAUGUUAACUUGAACUGGUUUUUGAAAAGCAAAAUAGUUAUUGAAUCAAUCCUUUAGUCAUCCAUUGUGCCAAAUGAUAAGUGCCUGGUUAUCGAAAACUAUACAUUUCUAGUAAUUACUAUUUUUGCUUAAUUUUUGCUCAAAUAAAGUACAAGCCCCAUAUAAUCUAUCAGAAACUGCAGUAUCCUUAUAUUUUUUUUCUAAUAAACCCCAAUCUUCUAAUUUAUCAUGUUUUACUGAACAAAUUUCACUGUAUGUUUUGUUGGAAAGAUGAGGAACCUUUAAAAACUGUUCUGUGCUCAGGCCAUAAUUACAACUUGAAUUAACAUUGAAUACAUUUUUUUUUUAAUUAAAUUGUGCAAUGUUAUUAUAAAAAAAAAAAUAUGCUAUUUCCUACUAUUUAUAAAAGAUAUUUACAAAACUCUAAACAAAUAAUUUUCUCCGAAUAAAAAAAACAUUUUGUAUUUAUUAUUUUUUGUGAAAAAUAGUAAAUAUUAAUUUUAUGCUACAAAACCAUUUUUAUGGGAAAUUUUACGUUACAUUAUAAACUAUACACAUGUUCAUGCUAAUUGCUUUAUUUUUUUAAAUUGAAUGUGAAAAAUAAUAAAACUACACUAUUUGGUAUUUUUUAAAUGGGAAGGGAAUGCUUCAUCAGGAAAUUUAACACAAGAUCAACUGUCAUGGCAAUGAGCAAAUUGAUAGGGGGGGGGGAUCGGUAAUCAAAAUUAAAUGUAUAUUAAUUUUUUCUUUCUUCUAAUACUAAGAACCAUCCGAAUGCUGAUUUUAGACUCUUAUAAAGGUGGUAUAUUUUUCAAAAUAUGGUACUUAUCAAUUAUAAAUAAACAAUUCGGUUUUCGGAACUACCACAGUUUUAAGACAUUAAAGAUUUUAAGUGGUGGUUAUUAUUAGUAUCGGUUAUUUCAUUUAUAAUGCAUUUUCACUUUAUCCUGUUACCUAUACCUGACGUGGUUUUUCACAACAAAUAAAGGGUUAGUUUUGAUUAAAAUUGUCUGAGUGAACGCAGCAAAAAGAAAAGGAAAGAAAGAAUGGUAGUUGUGAUAACUGAUAAGUAUCUAAAAUAUUUUAGUGUUAUUUAUUUUAGAAUCUAUUUACAAUUAUUGAAUUUCAAAAUGUGCAAUUAUUAAUUCAUAAUCUUCAUAUUUGAUUUUAUACAUUCAUUUAGUGAUGCAGAUAGACGUUCAAUUUUAGAUCAAGUCUUACGAUGCAAUGUUUUAGACUUAGUUCUAUUAAAGCCAUCAAAUUUAUAUGAUGUUUGUAAAACAUGGACUUCAUUUACAAUUGAACUUGUUCGAAAUGAAAUGUGUACUGCUAUAAUGCCAGUCGUUAUACUGUCAGAUAUGUUUGAUGUGACUACAAUAAAUGUUUGUGAACAGAUGUUUGAUCAUGUGGAAUCUAACGUUAACAUUCUUAAGGAGCCUCAAUUUUUCAUGGCAUGCAAGAACAACUUAUUAAGAAUGUGUAAUGGUAAAUGAUUUAAUAUUUGAUAUAAAUAUUUUUAAAGUCUGAUUAAAUGUUUUACAAACUUUAUAAGGAAAAAACAUAGUCAAAAUGACACUAUAUUUAAGUUCAAAACUACAUCAUAUUUUUAAUCAACUUACUUACCAAAAUUGUUGAAGGGAAAUCUUGGAAUAAAAGAAAAACCUAAUAUAAGUAAAAUAUUGAAAAAUAGUUCAGAAAAAAUUUUUCAUGAUUCAAAAUUAUAUAUAUAGUGGAAAUUACUUAUAAGAUUCACAUUCACUAACAUUGAAAACAAAAAUAUAUAUUGGCAAAGGUAUUAGCAAUACAGAUAAUACUGUAAGAAACUUUGUAUUUAAUAUGCAAUAUAUAAAACUAAAAUAUUCAAUAUCUAAUAUGAAAUAUGUAAAAUAUAUGACAUUAAAUUAACAAAAUUGUUUUUUUCUCCAUUUCACCUGUAAUUUUUAUUUGGUUAUAAAAUACACUUUGUGCUGAUUCCAAGUCUUAUAGGCGGUGCCAACUGUGUAUAAAAUCAAGUUUGAUUUAUGUUGGUUUUUUGUAAUAGUCUAUAAUUUUAUUCCAAUCUUGAUCAAAUUGUGCACAUUUGACAUUCAAAACAAGAAGAAAGUUUCUGUCUACUUUUUAUCUUAAAAUUUAUCUCUGGCUGACAGAGUAUUUGGAUAUUUUUUAAAAUUAACUUUUGGUGCUGAUUUAUGGUCCUAUUAACACUAAUGGUAAAAAAAGUUAUUAUAUUUUGAUUUGGUUGUUAUAGGGGAGUAAGUACUCUUUUUAAAAGAUAAAUUUGGGUCAUAUUAAUUUAUUAUAAUGAAGAAAAAGGUGAGCUCAGGAAAUACAGGGGUAAUCAGCUAGUGUAAUAUAAUAAUCUUAAUUUAGUAAAACAAUAAAAACUGCAUUUAACUAUUUAAAUCAUUAAAAUUAUUUUAAAUUUUGUUGUUUAAACCUUAUUCUACGUUAUAACAGUUAAAAAGAAAGAAACAAAUUUGAAAUUAGGCUCAAAACUAAAUAUAAAAAAAAUGAAGGGAAAAUAAACUGUAAACCACAGAAUAAAUAUGUUGUUAAGGUUAUGAACAAAACAUAUUUGAAUUAAUAAAAUGCUAUUCAAUGAAAUACUAAGAAAUAUAUUGAUGUAAAAUCAGCAGGUUGUAAAGUUUAAGUCAAAUAUAUUGUCAAUAUAACAAUAUAAUCUAUGUAAAUUAAAAUUUUCACAAUAAUAAAUAUUAUUUGUAUUAGUUAUAUUAUAGAAAUAAUGUGAAUUUGAUCCUGCUUAAUAUUAAGGAUUGUAUUAAACACAUCUAACUUAUUUUGUGAAUAAAACAUAAUUUUAUUAUACUGUUAAUUUAUUUUAGAUCUUUUACGCCGCUUAUCAAGAUCACGCAAUACAGUUUUUUGUGGUCGUAUUUUAUUAUUUUUAGCCAAAUUUUUUCCUUUUUCUGAACGGUCAGGUUAGAUAAUUCUGUUUAUUAAAUUUAUAACUUUUUAAAUGUUAUUUACUAAUCAAAUAAUUUGUCUAUAUUGGUAAUAUUUUAGGUCUCAAUAUUGUAAGUGAAUUCAAUUUAGAGAAUGUAACUGAGUAUUUAAAUGAAAAUAAUGUUGAUCAAAUUGAUGAUAUUCAAGAUUCUGCAGUGGCUGAAGAUGAAGCAAAAUCUGAUGUCCCGAUUGAAAAGUAUAAAAUAUUUAUAUUAUAAUUAAUAUCUUUAAAAAAAUCAUAUUUAGAAACUUAAAAUGUACAUGUAGUUAAACAGUUAUAAAAUUUAUAUUUUCAACUACAAAGAUAAUUUUAUCUCAUUUUAAGACUGAUGUAGUUUUUUUUCAUGAGCUUUUAAGUGGAUGCUAAACAUGAAUUUAUCUGUCUAUCAAACAGAUAAAUAUAUAUGUGUAUCUAACAGACACCAUAACAAAAAUGUGGUUGGGUACUUCCAAUACUAUUUUAGGUAUCUUUGGUAAUAUUAAUUUGAUUUCAGUGUCAAACUAAACACGAGAAGAUUUGACAAAUGUCUUAAAAAUAAUUUUUCUUAAAUCCAAAUCUGCGAAUUUAAAUAUUAUUUUAAAACUAACUAAAUAUAUAUAAUAGAUUUUUGUAUAAUUUUUAAUGUUCAUUUUGGCACCUAAAUCAGUUUUAUACUACUAAUUAGGCACCAAAGUACUAUUGGAACUACUAAACUUUCCACCUACAUAAGUGAUGUGUACCCAUCAACUGUAUUGGCUCUUUUUAAAGUGUUUUAUUGUAGUGUAAUGUUUCCCUAAUAAUUUUUAAUCAAGCCUUAAAUACUAUAGAAGUAUAAAAUAAUAAUAUGUAAAUGAUAAAAGGGUAUGAGACUCUAAAAUAAAAGAUAAAUAUUAUAUAAUUUUGUGAUCUAUAUAUUUUUUCUUAUGUUUAUAGAGUGAAUGUUGAUAAAAACCUUUAUUUAAAAUUUUGGUCAUUACAAGAUUACUUUAGGAAUCCUAACCAAUGUUACAAAGCAGAAAAUUGGAAAUUAUUUAUUUCUGUAAGUUUAAAAUGUAUUAGUUAAAAUUAUUUGAAUACAGUAAUAUAAUUUCAUUUAUUUUUAAAAUUUAAUUUAAAUCUUGGCUAUUAACUUUUGGUUUUUACCUGCAUAUUUAAUUGUUUUUACUUACAUAUUAAGUUAAUAAUUUAUACUUAAGCAUACAGAUUUCAUUCUCUCAACUUUUCAAAGUCAUAAGUUAGAACAUGUUAAUAGAAUGGACAGUGCAAAUGUUGAACAAUAUAUGCAUUAUUUCCCAAAAUAUUUGACAAAUCAUAAAUUGUUAGAAUUGCAAUUAAGUGAUGUAAAUUUUAGACGCUAUAUUCUUGUACAAUUUUUAUUACUCUUUCAAUAUUUGGACGCGCCUGUUAAAUUUAAACCGUAAGUAUUAAAAUAUAAUUUAAAUCUAUGUUUAUAUUAAAAAAAAUUAUAUUUUGACCUUAAGUGAUAAUUUAAAAACAAAACCAGACCAACAAGAAUGGAUUAAAAAGUCAAUUAAUACUAUCUAUGAACUAAUUUAUAAUACGCCACCUGAUGGUGUAAAAUUUUCUGAAAUAGUAAAAAAUAUUUUACAGGUAUGUGUGAAAAGUUAAAAUAUAUUUUAUAUUUUUAAAAUUUUAAUGGUUACAUAAAAUCCGUUUAAUAAUUUUAUUUAUACUAGAGAGAGAAUCAAUGGAAUAAAUGGAAAAAUGAUGGUUGUCCAGAAAUAACCAAAAGAUUACCAUCAAAUGAUGAAAGUGAUAUGCCAGCACCUAAACGAAGACUUCGGAGAAAUUUGGGAGAUGUUAUAAAAAACAUGACUGUUAAUAACAAAGUUUUUCUCGGAGAGUACGUUCUUAUCAAAUUUAUUUUAUGUAAUAUGAGUUAUUAAUAAUUUGUUUACUUUUUUCACUUUUGGUUAUUGGAUAAAAAUCUUUUAUUUAUAUUUAUGAAUCUAUGAUUUAAUUAUUAAAUGCAAUAGGUUAGAUUUGUUUUUAAAAAAAGAAAAAUAGAGUUAUUUAGAAUUUGAUGAGAUUAAAGUCAAUGCUACUAAUAAGUAAUUUAAUGCAAUUACUAUUUAAUUAUGAAUAUAUUUUACACAAAAUGUCAAACAAUUACAAUAUGUGAUAUUAAGCAUAGAAUAUAUGUGUAGAUGUUCAAUCUUUAUUAGUUGUGGUCUAAAAGGUAGUAGAUGUAAGGGGGUUGUGUCAAUAGUAAAUUUAUAGAUGACUUGCCAUAAGUAAAAAAGUGUGUUGGAAGUACACAGCUUAACUUUAAUAGCAGUAGUGAUCAACUUAUCGAAAUUUAAAGAAGAGCUUACGUAAAACGAUUGACCCACUAACAAUAAGUAGCUUUAUUUUUUUCUUGUGCCAGACAUACAAUAAUACCAGUACAAUCUUGUAUUUUUUAUUUUUAAAGCCAUUCUUAAUUGACUGUCAGGUUAAGUACUAGUCAUGUGCAAGAUCCCCCAAGUCAAAAAACCACCUGUUCUUAAUCAGUUUCUCAUCCACAUAUUUUAUAAAACGUUUCAGGAAUAUUGUAUUGAAAAGUUAGUAUGAAUGGUAAUGAUAUUAUAUGAUAGCUUUUAGGUUUUUAUUUGCAUUUAUCUGGUUUUAAUAGAACUAUGUUUUUGGUUUAUUUUUUGUGUUGUCUUAUAACAAUAAAGCUUUUUAGCUGGAAUAUCGUAUUUAUUUGACGUCAGCAGCCUUUCUGUUUUUCAUACUAUCUGGAGCUGUUCUGAAUUCUUCAUCAAAAGGUUUAUGAAAUUUUCCAAUUCUCAUGUAGUGUUUCGCUUAUUUUUUUAACUUUUGUAGUUCAUUGUGACUGCUUUUCUUUUUUGCUAUUUAACAUUAGAUGGUGUGCUAUUUGAUCUGAUGUUACGUUUGACCAUCCUACCAAUGAAUCGCUAUUAAACUUUUGACUGUGCCCCAUGCUUUUUGCUGCUAUGCUUUAAACCUAUAUUGUUAGAAGAUUAUGCCACUUAUUUCUUUUUUCUUAAUUUAUGACUUAUCAACUUUUCUCCUUCUCUGGUUGUUUGUUUCUCGAGUCUUUUUUAAACCUGUCAAUAUAGCUUGCUCGAUAGUCCAAGAACUUAUUAUAUUCUACAUCCUUUUAGUAUAUGUUACGAGUUAACCAUGUCUGUACAUUUUGUUGUUAUCUAUGGUAAGGUGAAUAUUAUCUAAACUUUUUCCAGGCUCAAUUAAGUUUAACUUAUGUGAAUAAACACAUUUAAUUAUUAAUGCUUUAUACUUGGUAAUUUACCUUCAACUAUUUUAAACCAUAAUCACUUCUGACUAAAUGAUUUCUUGACUAGUAAUUAGUAGGAAAUGGAUUUAUAUGUACUUAAUUAAAAACUACAAGAAAGUUCUUAAAUCGUCAAAAAUGCAUUUAAAAAUAUUCAAAAAAGCAAAAGUGGCAAAGGGGUUUUAAAGUCUGCAUUCCUAUGGUUCUAAUCCUAUUAAUUAAAAUUAUCAAAUACUGACUAAUGAUUAACACAAAUCAUUUUUUGUUUAUAAUGCAUAUAAAUAUACUAGAAGAAAAUUACUUUGUAAUAAUUGUUUUUUUUAGUGUUAAACAAUAUUUUUAAUAAGUUAGAAACAAUAGAUGGGUAACCUUUCAAAUCCCUUUAACUUAAUUGCUCUCUUAAAUAUUUUUAAAGUGAUUUUUUAGAGCUUUUAUAACAUUUUAAGAGCUUUUUUGUAAAUAUUAAUUACAUAUAAAUCUAUUUCUUAGUAAUUAGUAAUAUUAUUUUAAUAUUUCUUAAUAAAAUGUUAUAAUUAUUUUUAAGCUAUAUAAUAACUAAUGAAAGUUGUAUAUUUUAUUGUUAUGACCUUUUUUUUUUAAUUUUAUGCUAAAAUGUUAAAAUACCUAUAACAUAAUUUCUAUUUUUAUUUUCAGUCCAGAAUUAACAAAGUUGUGGAAUUUCAAACCAGAUAAUUUAGAAGCAUGUAAAGGACCUGAAAGAGAUUUUUUACCAUCAUUUGAUUCAUUUUUCCAAGAAGCAUUUGAACAACUGAAUCCAGAAUUGUGUAUAGAAAAUCAAUACAAGUAAUUAAAAAUUUGUUUUAUAUUAUCAUUGAAAAAUACUUAAAUUGUAUGUAAUUUGUUUUUUAAAUUAGAUUUGAUAUAGUAAAUCCCUGAUACUGCACUACUUAAAAAUGUUUAGGAAAUCAUUAAAAAAAAAAAAUGCGUGUCUUAAAAGCUAAAAAACAUCUUUUAAAACUAAAUGAAUAUUUAUAUUUUAUUAAAAUUUUAAAUUCUAUAAUGUAUUAUAUUUGUAUUAUAUUUAUAGUUAAGUUCAGAAAAAAUACCAAAACUUUUUUUUUGGUUUUGUUUGCACCUUUAACCUUAAGGUUACCUAUACUGUUUUUCAUCUUCUUAAAUUGGUUACAGUACAGAAUUCUAUUAUUAUUUAUUAUUAUACACUAGCUGUAUAACCUGCAACUUUGUUGUGUUUAAUUUGCAUGUCUGUACAGUUUAUUUUACUCACAAAGCAUUUUGUCCUUUUCAAACACAUCUCAUAAUUAUUUAUCAUAGUAAGUAUAGAGUUUAACUUUACAAUACUUUUCACUUUGUACCCCUUUUCUUUUGUUAAGAGGUUAAAUUUUCUAAUCCCAGCAAUUAUAAUAGAAUAGAACCAUUGACCAUAUGCUUUGUUAAGAUAAUAGUUUGGGUUUUAGUUUUUGAAGGAAGAUUUUUUUCAUUCAAGAGUGGUUUCAGGGAGUUAAAUAUUAUGAUACAAGUUUGUAGUCCUCAUUGAUCUCUAUCUAAAUGUGUAAGAACUAUUGCUCUAAGUUAAAACCCCAAAAAGUUAUACAAUUUUUUUUUUUAAUUAUGGAUAGUUUUUCAUCCCUAUUUUAUCUCUUUAUGGGUGACAUUUUCAAAAAUCCUGAUACACGUGUCUUAAUUUACAGAUUUUUAAGCAUUAUGACUUACUUCUCUACUAAAUAGUAGUUCUACAAAGAGGCUUCUCUGUGAUGUUCUCAAAAUCAGAACAUUAUUUACAAUGCAUUCAUAUUAUUCAAAUUAUACUAUAAAAAAAAAAAAAAAAACUAAGAUCUAAAAAUCUAAUAUUUUCUAAAAUAAACUCCUAAACAUAUUAUUGUUGCUAUCUAAUAGCUAGUUUAAGAUUUUAUGAAAAGCUAUAUCUACCAUUAUAAAAAAUGUUCAACAAUUUGUAAAUUUAAAAUUGUCAAAGAUUAUAUAGAAAUGAUUAUUGAAUACUAUAAAUUAUAUAAUUUGUAUUCUUAAUUAAUUUUAAUCCAGUUACUAUUAAUAUAACAUUUCUUUUUUAAAUAUCAAUAUUACUAAAAAUAAAAGUAUAUUAAUAUAUACUUAAUUUAUUUUAGAAAAGUAAAUGAUGGAAAUUUUGGUUGGCGUGCUCUAAGACUUUUAGCACGAAAAAGUCCCCAUUUCUUUGCUCAAAGUAACAAUCCUAUUCAUAAGCUAUCUGAAUAUUUAGAAAAUAUGAUUAAAAAAACAAUGAGUAAAGACAAAUCGGUAAGUAUUAUUUUUACUUUUUUAAUAAAUUUCUAUAUUUUAAGUCAAAUAUUAGUAGUUAUCAGAAUGUUUGUAUGUAUUGUGUCAAUAUUAAAUUAGACAAAUGAAAUAAUUUAUAAUUUAGUUUAUUUAUCAUAGUCAUCUGUUUUCAAAUUGCACAACAUUUAAUGUUGUAUACAAAAAAUGUAAACAAUUUAACUUAAUUUAAAAUAUACAUAUUAUUUAUAUAAUAAAUGUAUGAAUAUGUUGUCAUAAUAUGCACAUAUGUGUAAUUGAUGUAUAUUUUAUUUUCUCUAAUGUAUUCUAAGAAAAUUCCCCUUCUAGAUUAUCCUUCUUGACAAUCAAAUUUAAUUUAUGAAAUAUCAUUAUUUGUUUAUUUAAAAUUUAAAAAUGUUUUCUUUUAAUUUUAGUCAAUCAAUCAAGGUUCUGAUAAACGUAUAUCACCAAAUAAAGAACUUAAAAAAGAAUCUGUUAUUGAAUCAGAAGAAGUUGAUAUUUCUGAAGGAAUUCAAGACGAGAAUGAUAAUGAUAACAAUGUAGAAAUGGAAGAUAAAAAUAAGAUUUCUAAAGAAAUUAUUGAUCAGGUUGCAGCUGCAAUAGGAGAAAAAUGGAAUGUGCUUGCGGAAAAACUUGGUUACCAGCCAGAUGAGGUUACAUACUAAAUCAUAUAAAUAUCUGAGAGUGAUUUAUUUGAUUAUUCGUUUAUUCUUAUUCAAGUUGUUAAUUUUUUUUGCCUUUACUAUAUUAUUUAUAACAUCCCUUCUUUUAAGAUUUCUAAUACAUUCUGAUAUUUGUUUUUGGUUUGUUUUUAAUAUAAAAUUUAAGUUUAUAACUGUUAUGUAAGUUCAUAUCGGUAGUUUUUAGUUAUAUAAGGGGCAUAUAUUGUCCAUCAAACUAUUUUUUAAUAUUAAUCUGUUUUGUGUAGAUUGAUUUUGUGAAAACAAUAAAAACAACUCCAUUAGAUCAAGCAACAUAUUUACUGGAAGUUUGGGUUGAAGAUGCAGAAAAUCCCAAACCUGAAAAUCUUAUAUAUAUUUUAGAAGAAAUUCAAUUAAUUGAAGCUGCAAACAUUCUAAAGUCAUAGUGUAAUAAUGUAUUCAAACUUUAAAAUAUUUUUUUGUAUAAAACAUUUUUUUCUCUUGAUGUAUUGAAAUUUAAAGUACUUUUAUUUAGCAACUUAUAAAAGAUUAUUCUUUAAUUAUUUUUUCGCCAAUAGCAAUAGAUUUGAAGUAUUUAAAUCAAAUUUUUCUAAUUUGAUAUGGAUAUAAAUUUAUUUGAAUAUCUUUAACAACAUUUUAAUUUCUUAAUAAUACAUAUAUUUUGUACAACUAUUAUCAAUUAAAAUAUAAGAAUAUAAUUACUAUUGCUCAAUGAAGAAAAGUUGAAAUAUGGAAUGUAUUAAUUUAUAUUAAAGUUACCCAAAUAAAAUAAACUAUUCUUAAUUUAAGUAUGCUAGAAUAUGUUGUUUAACUAAAUAAACAGCAUGGUAGAUUUUAUUGAAAUCAUUAGCUCAGGUCUUAUGGUCCAAGUACUAAAUUAUAAUUUGUUUUUUUUUUAUAGAAUUCAACAAAUUAAUUAAUGUUAACUCAUUCUGAAAUUGCAUGUAUACAAGUCAGAUAAUUUAGUAUCUCAUCAUUGGUUUCAUUAAGAAUGAUUUAUUUUGUGCGAUGUAAGUAUAAUAAUAAAAUAAAUACAAAAAGUUUAAAACUUGCAUCAAUUACAAUUACAACAGUUUCAAAACUUGUAAUUUUAUCGAAAUUUUUUUGUAUAAAUGGGUGAUGUAUCAUACAUGCAUAGUGAGUGAUUCCUUGAAUGCAUGUGGCAGUAAUCAUAAAACUUCCUCCUGAAACCUUUAGUAAUUAGCUUUACUAAUAUGACUCUCAGCCACGUGGUUCAGGAUCACUAAAAGCUUUAUGACCAUAGAGUUGUUGAGUACUGUUAAGUUUUUGAGGCUUUCUAGCCCUAGUGUGCUGAAGUGUUCUAACGUCAAAAAACUUACUCUACAUUCCACUACUUUAAGUUAAAUAAUUACAGGGUUACCGAGCAAUGUUUAGCAAAGAUUUGCCAUUCUAUAAUUCCCUAUGCAGUGAUAUCAAAAGACCAUAAGGUUGCUGAUCACAGAAUUAAUCAAACACAUAAGUGUGAGUAUGGAGGUGUUAAUCCUUUGAAGAGUAGAUAUGCUUGAUAAAGCACAUCCCUGUGGGUUAGGCAAUCCAAUCAAUUAAUCACCUUCUUCACGUGCAAUGUUUGAUGUUCCAUAUUUCACAAAAUACCUAUUUAACAUUUUUUAGUCUUAUUUUAGAUAAAACAAUUUGUUUUCCAAUACAUUUUUAUUGUCUUGAGCAUGAGGGGAGAUUUGAUACUUUAGGAGGGGGGAGUAGAAUUGCUGGGAUAGCCAAUUAUUUUUUACAAAAACAUGUAUUAUGGGAAAAAUACACUCUGUAAUUAGAUUUUGAGAGUUUUUUUUAUUGGGUUUCUAUCUAAAAGUUGAAAUUCAUUUGAUCUACCUUUAAAAUCAUUGAAGAAUUUAGUACAAUAAAUUAGAUUGUAGCCAUUAAAUUAAUUUCCCCAUUAAACUUAGUUUAUGACUGUACACUUUUACUGAAGCAUUUAUUCUUUGGACCAUCGGAUUCUUUUAGUAUCUAAUAAAUAUAUUCUUAUUUUAAUUAUAGUAUUUCGAAAAAUACAUUUUAUUAUUUUGGGAAUAAAUAAUAGUGUCAUAGAUAUUUUUUUUUUUAUCUAAUACUAAAUAAAUUGUGAACACUUUUAAACCUUGUAAACUUGUAAAAUUCUAAAC